CCUUCUCCCUCACAUCACCACUCCCUCAAACCAAUCAUCAUCAUCAUCAUUCAACAACAUCACCAUCUCAUCAAAAAAACAUCAUUCAAACAUUGUCAAGUAACAACACCACCUUAAAAAAAAAACAUAUUGAUUCUAUAUAGUUUGUCUUCUCUUUCAAUUGUUCUUCAUAUUCAUAUUCAUAUUCAAUUCUGUGACCUUUCAACUUUCAAAUCUAGUUUUAGCUUCAACUAUAUUUGGUAAACACACCCUUCAAACUAAUUUUACAAGCUAACAAAAAAAAAAUCAUUUUUUUUUCUUCUUCCUUCAUUUUUUGAAGCUUUGGAAGAAGAAAAACCAAAAGGGUCAUUGAAUCUGCAAGAAAAAAAAUGGCUACAGAGGCGUUUAUGUUGAAAGAAAGCGCUUUGUUAUCAAUGAGAGCAUUGAAGAGUUUUUUCAUGUUGGUAUCAGCUAUUGUGAUGGUACUUAUUUUGCCAUUUAGAGGAAGAAGAAGGGUUGAAAAAGAGGAGAAGAAUCAGAAUCAUGAGUGUGGUCAUCAUCAUCAUCACCGGAAAGGCGCGGUGGUUCGUGUUCCGGCGAAGAUUGUGCCGUGGAAGAGUGGUGGUGGUGGUGUUGGUGUUGGUGUGGUUGCAAUGAAGGUGUUUGAUUAUUUGAUGAGAAGGGAAUUGGCUAUAAAGAGAGUUUUGGAAGAUGGUGAUGAGAAAUGUAUGAGGGAGUAUUGGCUUUUUGGAACCAAAAGGGGUGAUACUAUUUUCACACAAUGUUGGACUCAUGUUUCUGUUAAGAUUAGGGGACUUGUUAUUGUUAUGCAUGGUCUUAAUGAACAUAGUGGUAGGUAUAGUAAUUUUGCAAAGAAGCUGAAUGCCAAUGGCUACAAAGUUUAUGGGAUGGAUUGGAUUGGUCAUGGUGGAAGUGAUGGGCUGCAUGGUUAUGUACAUUCUCUUGAUGAUGCAGUUUCUGAUUUGAAAGUAUUUAUUGAGAAGGUUAAAACUGAAAAUCCUGGCCUUCCAUGUUUCUGCUUUGGACACUCAACAGGUGCAGCAAUUACUCUCAAGGCACUUCUAGAUCCAAAGAUUGAAGCUUGCAUAGCUGGUGCUACAUUCACUUCACCUGCAGUUGGAGUUGAAGCUUCUCAUCCAAUUUUGGAGGUAUUGGCUCCAAUACUAUCAUUUUUGCUACCAAGAUUUCCAUGUAAUUCUGCAUACAAAAAAGGAUUGCCUGUUACUCGAGACCCAGAGGCUCUUAUCGCGAAAUAUUCAGACCCGUUAGUAUGCACGGGAUCGCUUAGAAUACGAACUGGAUACGAGAUUCUUCGAAUUACAAGUUGCUUGCAACAAAACCUAAGAAAAUUGAGAGUUCCAUUUCUUGUUCUACACGGCACUUGCGAUUCUGUGACGAAUCCUAACGCUUCACAAAAACUAUAUGAAGAAGCUUCAUCAAGUGACAAAAGUAUCAAAUUGUAUGAAGGAUUCUCACAUGAUUUACUCUUUGAACCAGAAAGAGAGGAAAUCACUAAAGAUCUAAUUCAAUGGUUGAAUAGUAGAGUGUGAAGUUAGUUUUGAAAAUAUGUUAUUCGACCCGACACCGACCGACCGACAAGUGUGAAAAAAUUUGUUAAAGCAAUGUGGAAAAAAAAUGGUGUGGAGUUUUCUACCACAGAAAAUGUUGAAGAGGCAGCAUUUUUGUGAUGGAUUUCAUUGGUUGUAAAUAAGAGACAAAAAGUUGAAGCAAUGUACUUCUGAGGCAUGUUUUUUUGUUUUGCUCAAAACCAUAAAUAGUCUGUAUCAUUUUGCUAGCCAAUAUUUCUUGUUACCCUCAA